GUACCGCUCAUGCGUUGUAAAACCAGCGUAACAGCCUUUUUUGUUUUGCAAGUCGACGAAACUAAAGUUUAAACAAUAUGACGGUGAUCUUACUAAGCAUUCCUCCUGAUUUUUUUGUAUGAAGCAAAAAUGAGGAAUGACGAGUCAGAGAGUGAUACAAGACCAGGAUCAAGCUGAUAGAUUCAAGAGGAGUAAUAAAACGAAAUGGGAUCAUCAGAAUCACAACCAGAACCACCACGGCCAAGUCCAGAACUGGAUAAUCCAUGGAGGAUUUUUGACUGGGGACAAAAGGCAGCCCUGAAAGAAAAGCUGGAAAACUUUGCUCCAAGUGAUCCAAAUGUUAAGGACAUCAAGAUCCUGGUGGCUGGACAAGUUGGAGCAGGAAAGUCCAGCUUUAUUAAUUCCAUCAACAGUGCCUUUCAAGGACGAAUCGUCGCUAGAGCACUGGUUAACUCAGCUGAAGGAGGCAGUCACAGUUUUACACAAAAACUCAAAGGAUUCACUAUAAGAAGUGGGAAAAGGAAUUUGCCCUUCAUCUUCAAAGACAUCAUGGGCUUAGAACCUGCAGCAUUGCUUGGAUCACAAACAGAUGACAUCAUCAGUGCUGUGUUUGGUCAUGUGCAGGAUGGCUAUAAAUUCAACGAGGAGCAGUCACUCACUUAUGAGGAUCAACAAUUCAUCACAAAUCCCAACCUCUCCGAUCAGUCUUUCUGCCUGGUUUAUAUCAUAGAUGGAAAUACAGUCCAAUUUGCAGAUGAUCGACUUAUUGACAAGAUAAAGAUCAUCCGCAAGAGAAUCAGUGAUAAAGGCAUUCCCCAAGUGGUUGUCAUGACCAAAGUGGAUGAAGCAUGUCCACUGGUCAAAAAAGAUCUAAAGAAGGUCUACACAAGCAAGAAGAUCAAAGAGAAGAUGGAGCUGUGCAGUGCUAAAGUGGGUGUGCCGAUGUCAAACAUCUUCCCAGUGAAGAACUACCAUGAUGAGAUCGACACAAACGAUAAUGUUGAUGUUCUGAUACUGAAGGCUCUUGAACAGAUUGUUCAGAUUGCUGAUGAUAGAUUGCUGGAUUGUGAAAACUACUAAAAAAAGUAAUUGAUCCAUGGGUAAUCCUUUGAUUUUAAUAUUUUUUUAGUUGUCUGUGACAGACUGUGAUGUAACGGUUGGGGGAAAAAUCCUUUAGUUUAGUUUAGUCCUUUAGUAUAGUUUUUAUUCUCAAUAAUGCAUGUAUUCAGCCUAUUCCCAACAAAGUUGAAGCUAUCAGAACCAAUAUAUAUGCUCAGACUGAGAAAAACUGUAAAAUCACAAGCUGACUUGCAAAUUACAUUGAAAUAAAUGUAUUUGUUAUUUGCAUUCCACCUUCACAGUUUAAUAAAUCUGGCAUUGUUAACUUGA